ACGCCAUUUUCAAUAUGGUCGCCUUUCUCAUGUGUUUUCAAGUGCAACGGUUCCUAUGAUAUACUAGUAUAUUUACGAAUAAAAAACGCGAAAUUACCAAGAAUAUUCAUACCUGGUAAUACAAUAAAGCUUUCAGUGUACCUAUAAAAAUACGAGAUUACUGGCUUUUGAUCGAAAACAAUCAUGAAAAGAGCAAAGAGUGACGAGGAAGACGAAGAUGGCAGUUCUGGAGAACCGUCAAACAAGAAAUCUUUUGUUGCCAUACCACCUGUAAACAUUGGUCCAGUUUCUACAGAGGAAGAAAUGGAUGUUCAGGUGUUGAAAUUUCAAAACAAAAAACUCAGCGAAAAGCUCGAGGAAAUAAAAAUGGAAGAGGAAAGCUUUAAAAUUCAGAUUGAAGAGUUUAAAAAGAGAGAGAGGGACAACACCGAGUUGUUGUCUGUGAUUCAUCGUGCAUGGAAUCAGAUGGAAGAAGAGACAAGAUUGUUAGUGAAAAGGUUUGAGCAACCUAGCAAUGAUGAAAAUAAGGAUUUAGUUCUAGAUGAUAUGACCAGUAUAUCAUUCAUCAACCAUCUAAAGCAAGUUACACCAGCUGAGAGAGAAGAUGAGUUGACAAAAAAGAUAUCCGCUUCAAGAGACAUCAUUGCUAAACUUCUUGAGCUUAUCACAAAUGCCAAUAAGAAUAAUAAAGAAUUAAUCACAAAACUUAAUGAAGAGGAUUCGGUGGAAGAAGUUACUAAAGAUUCGAUGAAUGGUUUGGUAAGAGAGAAUGAAAAUCUUCGCAAUUUAGUAUCAUCGCUUCAGCAGCAACAAACAACGAACUCCUUGGAGUUUGCGGAACUUCGCGAUAAGUACGCCAUCACUCAAAACGAGCUGUCGGAGAAGAACACUAGCCUACAGGAGGCGGAGUACGAUCUUCAGAAACGAAAUCAUCGCGUCGAAAAACUCAUAAAACGUUUGACUGAAGUGGAGAAACAGUGCAAGAGCCUUCCCGUUGGGGUAACAAGUGAAAGAGUUUUCAAGGGUGAACAAGCUGUUAAUGCUGGCGAGGCAAUCAAGAUGCAGUCUGAUUACGAAGAACAAAAAUUGCUUGCGGAGCAACGCUUAGCAGAAUUGGAAAAACUGACGGAAAACCACAAGCUAUCUUUGGAGGAAAUCGAGAAAUACAAAAUGGAAGCAUCCCAAAUUCCUGAAUCAGCUGUUCUUCAGUCUGUACCUUACAGGACUUUACAGUCGCAAUACUCUGUCAUCUUCAAUGAACUUAAUCUGGUCCGACAGCAAAUCGAAGAGAUUCGGAGGAUUGCCAACAACAGCCGAACACAGCACAUUCUUCAGUUGGAGCAACUGGAGAACGAAAGCUUGGCUGUUCAGAAAAAGUUUCAAGCUGAAAUAGCUCGCGUUGAGGAUGCGUUGAUGCAAGUACGACGCGACUACGAACUGCUACGAAUGAAAUACGAACACUAUUUGAAAACCAACGAACAGACUGCACCGAUGAUCAAAGAAAUGGACUACAUCAUUAAAAGUUUACGGAACAGCAACAGACAACUGAAAGGGGAAGUAGCUCGUUUCAAAACAAAACUCACGAAGGAAGAAGAACAAACUCAAAGGUUGCAUGCAGAACUUGAGAGCAUAAUAUCGGGCAAGAACUCUAUGAAAACAGAUGUAGAAAAACCGGAGGAAAAGUCGACGGAAGUGGACUUGACAAAAGAGACCACUCCUACUGGGGCAGACGAGGUCAAGACAGAGGGCGAAAACUUGCAGGAAGAUGGAGAACUGCCUAAAGAAAGCGACGAAUUGAAAACGUUGAAAGCGGAGCUCAAGCUCUCCCAAGAAACUGCGCAAGAAAUGAAAAUCAUAUUGGAUGUAUACAAGUCCGCGUCAAAAGAUGAUCGCGAAAAGUUCGAGCUCUUAGAAAAGGAAAAACGUCAAGAAAACGAGUUAGAGGAUCUCCGCCAUCAACUCAAUGAAAGAACAAAAGAAAUCGAGAAAUAUAAAGCGGGAGCAACGGAUGAACUGACAAUAAAACGUCUCAAGGCUGCGAAUGAAACCAUUGAGAUGUUACAAAGAAAAAUUGCUGCUACUAAACAGGAAGAAGACGCUCUUUUGUCCGAGAUGGAGUUUACAGGACAAGCUUUUGAAGAAAUGCAGGAACAAAAUAUCCGAGUCUUGCAAGAAUUACGUGAAAAAGAGGAGGCAAAUUUAAAAUUAAUGUCCGAACGUAUCAAAGGAGAUCAGAUUCAAAAGCAGUUGAAAGAAGAAAAGGAUGUGAUGGCAGAUCAGAUCACAGCAUUGAACUCUCAUAUAGAUGCUCAGGAACAAGUGAUCAAGAAGUUGGAGGAACGAGAGAGAAGUUUACAAUCAACGCUGAUUUCCAUCGACAAAGAACUCGUUCUUCGACAGCAAGCCAUGGACUUGCACAAAAGAAAGGCCACCGAAAGUGCUCAAACUGCACAGGAUUUCAAAAUACGCAUCGAGUCUUUUCAAGUACAGCUGCAAGAGGCGGAGAAAUCAUUAAGGGGAAAGACUCGAUCUCUAGAAGAAGAAAUAUUUCGUAGUCGAAGAAUGCAGGAGGAAAUCUCGAGUUUUAAACGAAAACUGGAAAAACAGAAGAAGAUGGACAUCUAUGGUACCGCGGAUGAGAUUUUACUUGAGGAAAUCAAAGAAUACAAAGCAAGAUUAACAUGUCCUUGCUGCAACACAAGGCAAAAAGACGCCAUAUUAACCAAAUGUUAUCACAUUUUCUGUUUUGAAUGUUUAAAAACACGUUACGACACGCGGCAAAGGAAAUGUCCCAAGUGUAACGCGACAUUUGGGAACAAUGAUUUUAAGAAAGUUUAUCUGUAAAAGUAUGUUAUUGAUCAAGAACAAUACACUUAGCACUUAACUCUUCAA